UUUUCAGACUGCACUUCUUCACCCGUUUUUCUUUUUCUCACACAAGGCUUUCUUUGUCUUCGACUUUUCUUCCCACCACAACUUCGACUCCUUCCCAUCCCAGCUUCGCUCACCUUUUUCCAACACUCGAUUUUUCAACAAGUCUUUUUUGUUUCGAAAUACUGUCUGCCAUAACUCAUCUGCCUAACCACAGACCUCGCCGCCAACAAGUUCAACGACGCUCAAUGCUGCUCUUGCCAAUGCCGCUUGACACCAUUGUCGAAAACACACAUGACUGACAUGACUCUUUUUCAGACUUUCGCUCAAUCUUUCAACCUUUCCCGUCCGACCUCAGCACAUUCGACAAUCGAGCUUCUGGGCUUUCAGCAGUACACGCGAACGUACUUAGUGGGGGAGGGGAUCUGGUAGGGGUGGUGGAUAGAAGAUGGAUGAGGGUGAGAGGGAGUGGGAGCUUUGACAGUACACACGAAAGUACUUGGUGGGGAGGACUGUUCGACACUCGACCAGCAACACGUAUGUCUGCUUUUGUUUUCUUUUCUUCUGUCAAAUGCAUGAGCGUCUUGAACCACUGUUGGCGGCGGCUUUGCGCGACUCGACUUUUUGGCAUACCCGAUCGGGCACCCUCGAUCACGCAGCAUCAUCAAACAAGAAACACACAUGGUAAGUUCUUCUCCCCGUGAGUUGUGGAGAGCAGUUAUUGACAUCUUCUUCAAGAACGCGACCGCCGGCUAAGGAUGGGAGGAAGCGAGGGAUGAUUGCUGGCUUGGGGAUAUAUGAUGGCUGGAAUAAUGCAAUGAGGCUGUUUAGUGAAGUCUCCAAGGUCUGUCUUGGCACCGGUGGUCUAGACCACCACCCUUGUCAUCCUGUCUUUGGAUCAAUGACGUCACCCCACCUUUGACAGCCCCUCGUCCAGGAACGAUCCGCUGUUCCCCUGUCGAGCUAUCAUGUAUUCUGUUGUCUAGAACAUUGCUUGAUUUCCGCUCGACCUAGUUAACCUAUUGUUUACAUAGCACUCGAUCACCUAGCCAGACUGUUGCUCCUAUGGGUCGACAAGAAAGAAUCGCCCGGUCCAUCGUCCGCGCCAUCCUCAGGACCAAUGUCAAUGGCACCAAAAAGAAAGCCAGCAACCCACUCGGGAUCCUCCUCGCCCUGUUCUCCGCCUUCUUCUCCCUCUACCAGCUGCUCAUGAGAAAGAUCCGCCCUGCCGACUUUGCCAAGCUGCGACGGGAGUACUGGGAUGUCAGCGAUGACGACUAUGUCGACUCGUUCCGACCGCGGGAGGGCGCAAAGGAUGAGGAGGCUUUGACUGCUAUCGGGGACAUGGGAUUCUCUGGUUCCACCUUUUACGCAACCACCGACCAAAAGUACCUCGUCAAGUCGGUCCCACGCCACUCCGAACAUUCCUUCUUCCGCAACGAUCUCCUGACCCCGUACGUCCAGCACAUGGCUACGCAUCCGCAGUCUUUGUUGGUCAGAAUAUGUGAUUUCCUUGGCGCCUCAGGUGCUUCUAUUGGAAGGAUCCUCCGUCUCGCGCCUUCGCAUCAUAUCGUCAUGGAGAACAUCAUGUACGGCCGGGAGGAGGCUGAAAACAGGGGGGAUGCCAAAUGGGAGAACUGGGACCUGAAGCCAACGUCGUAUUUCUACCCCGAACGAGAUAUUGCCGAUGGCGCACUCACGAGCGACGCAACCAAGGAGCAGCUGGCGGAUGAGUUUCACGACAAGAUUGUGCUCAGCCAGGAGCAGGCGGAUGAUUUGUUUGCGAGGUUGGAGGAGGACACAAAGUUGCUGGCCGAACACAACGCGGUAGAUUAUUCCUUGUUUUUGGUCAGGAUGAAGCUGCCACGGGAGGAGGUCCAAGAGGAGGUGCAGCCGGAGGCGGCAAAGUCGGACUCGAACUUGGCGCCGCCAGAGGAUGGGCCGUCGGUUCCGCCUCAACCUCCGACGUGGAAGACGGGGGUUGCUUCGGCGGAUGGGAAGUAUGUUUAUCGGGCUUCGAUCUUGGACUUCUUUUGGGCGAAGCACAAGAUCCAGCCGAGGUUCAUGACGUUGCUGAUUAACUUGUGGAAUUUGUUGAUUAGCAAGGAUGGGCCGAUGAGUAUCACUACUACACCGGAGGAGUACAGGGAGAGGUUUUUGAAGAUGUGUAGGGGGUAUGUGGACAUCAAGAAGGACUGAGGAUGAGUUUGUGAUAGUAUGCGUGUGUGGUUCCCCUUUUUUUUUUGUUCUUUCUCUCUGUAUUAGAUACCCCCCAAACCCAGUCAUAGUUUGGCACAGGAGAAUGUUUA